AUCCAUUACACAAUAAUAAAAAUAUGCCUUUGGCGAAGCUGAGCCAAAACCUAGAGCUGCAGCGGGAAGCCAGCAAUACAUGCAAAACGGGGAAAAACAUUAAUAGAAAAGAAAGACCCACCAAGUCAGCACACAGAGUGCGCUUGGAAGGACGCAAUCGCAGGAGGACGGGGUUUGUGCUCCAUGAUGUGACAGCAAUCUGCAGCAAAACAUCUGUGCAAGCUGAGCGGAAUCCCGGCGCCUGUCAAGACCUCACUGAAGAGAUUAAGCCUGGGCUGUGCCAUGAUUUCUGCUGUCCUCCUCCUCUGGACUGUGCCCUGCGUGGCCAACCACAUCCUCGGAGGCUUUGCCAAAGCAGCGCUGCAGGAGGGCCCCCAGCUGACGUGCAGCCUCCCGGGCCCCCCUGGGCCUCCCGGCCCUCCUGGUGCACCUGGGACUCCGGGAACAGUUGGCAGGAUGGGCUUCCCAGGGAAAGAUGGCAAGGACGGCAAGGAUGGGGACAAAGGCGAUCACGGUGAUGAAGGUCCACAGGGCAGAACAGGAAACCCAGGCAAGCCGGGACCGAAGGGGAAAGCAGGAGCCAUUGGCAAGGCAGGCCCACGGGGACCAAAGGGCUUAAAGGGUAAUCCUGGGAAAAAUGGAGCACCAGGAAAGAAGGGACCCAAAGGGAACAAAGGUGAGACUGGGAUGCCAGGACCCUGCACCUGCAAUGCCAACAAAGCCAAAUCUGCCUUCUCUGUAGCUGUCUCUAAGAGCUACCCAAGAGAAAGGCUCCCCAUCAAAUUUGACAGGAUCCUGAUGAACGAGGGAGGACAUUACAAUGCUUCCAGUGGGAAAUUCAUAUGCAGUAUCCCAGGUAUUUACUACUUUACUUAUGAUAUUACUUUGGCCAACAAACAUCUGGCCAUUGGCUUGGUCCACAACGGGCAGUACCGGAUCAAGACUUUUGAUGCCAACACUGGGAACCACGAUGUUGCCUCUGGAUCAACCAUUCUCUCUCUGAAGCAAGAGGACGAGGUGUGGCUGCAGAUCUUUUACUCUGAACAAAACGGGCUCUUUUAUGAUCCCUACUGGACAGACAGCUUAUUUACUGGCUUCCUGAUCUACCCUGACCAAGAUUAUCUCAAUGAAAUAUAGAGUGAGAAACAAAUAAGAAAUGGAUGCAGUCCAGCAAAGUGUAGCCUGCACGUGGACAUGUGUGAUAUUAUCGCAUAAUUUCACUUUCUUGGCACUAAAAGCCCAUAUUGGCAAUACAGAUAUUUACUUGAUGCCACCAACUAGUCCAUGAAGUAUAUCAGGAUCUUUAGGACCUACCUUUAAGUGACCUCAUGACUCUGUAAACCUGGAAGCCAGCCGCUAUGUUUUCCUACUGUUCAAACAUGCCGCAGACAUGUAACUCAAAUACUGGUGCAGAAUGUUUUGAUUUUAUAUUAUUGUAAUGCAUAGAGACCAAAAACCAUUUCCUGAAAACUGAGCUUAUGAGUUUCAUCGAUGUUGGAGAUUGUAUCAGUGCCCCUCCUUCUCAAUAAUAAUAAUAAUAAAACUUACUACGCUUUACCAACUGCUUACAAGUCAGGAAAUUAUCAGCUACCGUUACAAAAGUACCAGCAACCCUCAGCCUCAUCAAAGCAGUACUAAUAAGCAACGGCAUCCGGUUUAAAUAGGACACAAAGAAAAGAGCUCAUUUAAGGCUAAAGGUAAAACUCCUGCUAAGACACACGCCGUCGAAUCGAGCUCUGCUGGUGUUGCUCAGAGUUCAGCCACAACAAAGCAGUGCUGAGUCUUGCAUCUGCUUUCAGACGAGAGUCAAAAAGCUGUGAUCAGAACCUGACAUUGGCAAGCCCAAUACCUGCCAGCCUCCGGUCCGUGGUGGAGGGCAAUGCUGCAGAUAAAACUCAAUUUUUAGAGAGACAGUGUGAACCUUCACUCCAGAAACAGGUGCAUCAAAUCCCACUCAUCCAUCCCUGCCAGCUUUUGCUGAAAGGAAAUACUCAUGGUGCUGCUGAGGUGCUCCUCACAGGCUUAAUGCUGCAGAUAGACUCUGUCUUAAUGACGUGCUUUGCUUUUUUGAUUUUGUAUGUCAAAUGUUACAGAUGAUCCGAUCUUAACAUAGUGGUUCUAAACUGUAUAAAAAAGAAAAACAAGGCAGAAAAGCCCAGGGGUGAGCUUUUUGGUCUUGCUAUGAAUCAUAGAAUCAUAGAAUCAUAGAAUCAUAGAAUCACCAAGGUUGGAAAAGACCUAAAAGAUCAUCCAGUCCAAAUGAUGAGCUUUGCAUUUUUCCACAUCCCAACCAGCAGCCGUACAGGGAUAUGCUCCCAAAUCGAGCAUUAUUAUCACAGCAAAGAGCUCUCCAGCUGUAUGGCUGCUCAGCCAGUUGCAUUGCACCAAUGUGUGCAGCUGCUCACUACCAGAAGUCAGUCUGCGGUCAGAGAGAAGGAGUUUUCCUCAAUAUCUGAUACAUCUUCUUGGUUCCCACAGUCAUAUUUCUUGUCUCCUCUAUUGCAACACAAAAACUUGUAUCAGUUUCCAGUUCUUCUCAUUUGCACAUUUAGACAUUGAGGAGAUAGCACAGAAGAACAAAUUAAGAAAGAACAAAUUAAGAUAUAUAUAUAUAUUAACCUUACUUCUACAAGUCAUUGUAUUUGCAUGAUUUUGUGAACAACUUUAAAUGUGUUAUAUCUUAUGAAAAUCUUUUCAAAUACCUUUUUUUUUUUUUAAUAAAGCUGAACAAAGCUACCACUGCAACAUCC